AACUCCUUGAACAUGGUGCCGCUACAGAGAUAAUGAACAAGAAAGACACCACACCACUCUUCCUUGCUCUGAAGGAAACCCAUUCAGAUGUGGCGGAACUUUUAAUUAAGCAUAAGGCAAAUAUACAUCUAGUUGAUGGAUGUAGGAGAACAGCGCUCAUGCUUGCUGUACUUUGUAAUUCGGAAAGCUUAGUGGAUCUUCUUUUGGAGCAGAAUAUUAAUGUCUUUGCGGAAGAUUUAUUUGGACGGACUAUAGAUAAUUUUCUUCUUCCUGACUCUGAAAGCAUUCAACAGAAAAUUUUGGAAUACAAGGCAAAAAUUAAACCUAUAACUCCUGCACAAGCAAGAGCAACUUUGGUUAAGGACAGGCGUUCUGUUUGUCAAAAAGAAGAAAUGGCUGAAAACCAUUUUUCCACCUUCACUUUAGUCCAGCCAUUCAUACCAGGUCCUCGAAUGGCCUUUGUCAACCAUUGUGAUACAGAGGAAGGAGCAAGAGAGUCAGAAGUUGGAGACAAUACCAACACGAUUGGUAUUGUUGAAAGUGCUACACAAAAGCAAAUAGAUAAAAUCUCUGUACUGUUAUCAGGACACGACAAACCAAAAGAACCAAGUUUGUAUUUGGAGAGUAUUUCAGAGACUCUUUCAGAGAAGGAUCUUAGUCAUUCAUCUCAGGAUGCCAAUCAAGAAGAAAAAAACAGAGUAAAUGCACAAGUAGAAGGACACAAAAUUUUAUCAAAAUCAGUGAAAGAGGAAGAAGAACCUAAAGGAAGUGAAAAUAACCAGCCACAGAAUUUAUCAGAGAAUCUUACCAAGGAGGAUCUCAGUGGUUCUUCUUGGACUGGCAAUUCAAAUGGAUACAAGACAGUACCCAAACAAGUAAAGGUGCAUGUUAAGACACAACCUCAGUAUCAGGUAACAAUAUUCAUUCAGGAAAUUUGCACACACAGAGAAGAUUGGAUUACUGCAGCUCCAGAGAUUACUGGAAGGAGGAGGAAGUGCUGGAUUGGGGCAGAACACAGGGAGGCAUUUCUUUUCUCCAGAAGGAUCAGGCAUCUGAGAUAUAUGUUGCAUUGAUACUAGUUAAUCAGAUCAGGUUACUUUGAACAAAGAUGGCUGGCUU